AUGUUGAGGUUAUCAUCUAGAGCUGGAGCAAGAGCUUGUGCAAACUUCAGAUCUUCUAUAGUGAAAAAUUUGUCAUCGUCAUUGUAUUUUUCCUCAUCUAGCAUAACAAAGCACAAGACAACUUACGACAAUCCACUUGAGUACGGAACUUAUAAGAGUAAUAUUUAUACUCACAGAUUACCAGAGUCCACAGCGGAGCAAUCACCAGAAUUGGUUGCCUUACAUGCCCGUUUGGACUUACCCAAAGCAUACUCCUUAUCUACAUUAUCUCAAGCAUUAAAUAUGGAGACUAAGUCUGAAGGUUUAGCCAAUAACUUUGGGUUGAACACAUUAGGGAAGUCAUUGUUGAGCUAUUACGUUGCUGAAUAUUUACUUAUAAAAUACCCAAGAUUGCCUAUGCCUAUUCAUAACCAGGCGAUCGAUGCCUACAUGGGAGUAGAGCCACUCUCAUCCAUUGGGAAGUCAUGGGGUAUUCAGCCAGAUACAAACUCCAAAUUGGAAAAGUACCUUGCCCAGGAACCUUUCUUCAUGAAAUACGGUAAGUUGAGAUACCUUGAAGAGACUUCUAAGGAAGAAGUCAAAGAGGAUGGUGUGAUAGAAUUAACAGGAGAUGAAAUCAGUCAAAUAGAGCAGAACCACGGAAGAUACACUCCACUGGAACAGGAUGCCUACGCAGCAUCAGUAAGAAGCAUCAUUGGAGGUUUAUACACCCACACCGAUGAACUCACUACUAAGCAAUUCAUAAAAAACCACAUCUUAUCGAGAAAGCUCCCCAUCGAACAAAUGUUCCAGUUCCAGCAGCCAAUGAGAGAGUUGGUUAGAUUGGGUGACAAGUUGGGAUUUAAAGAUCCAUUGGAAGUUAGAUUGAUUGCAGAGACCGGUAGAUUGUCAUCUCAUGCCAUUUUUGUCACUGGUGUCUUUGUUGGUACAGAAAAAUUGGGUGAAGGCGUAGGAUCUUCUUUAGCUGAAAGUAAGACUAGAGCUGCUGUCAACGCACUUAUGGGUUACUACUUAUACUCGCCUAUCAGCAGUGACGGUGAAGAAUUGAAGGUGCCUAGUGACGAGGGGUACAAGUUUGAAGGAAUAGUUGGACUUGGUGACGUUGCCAUUUAA